CGUUGCCCCGCCCUCUCUCGUUUCUGACACUGGAAUUUGAUCAUCUCGACAGGACACCGGCUGUCAAACUGGACAACUGAAUCCGAGAAUAAACAACAAGGAUAUUUAAUAAAGAACAGUGUUAAACUGCUGAAAGAGGUGAAGCACAAGCCAUCCAGAAGAAUCUCCUGAAAACGCAGAAAUUGUUUGCUACAUUUCACAGACAGAUGGAGCCAAGUCCCAACAUGGAGAAACAUCAGCACUCUGUCAAGAGUUUUACUAAACAGAGUGAUAUCAAAAAACACCAGCGCAUUCACACAGGAGAGAAACCGUAUUACUGCUCAGACUGUGGGAAGAGUUUUAAUCAAGAGAGUACUCUCAAACUGCACCAGCGCAUUCACACAGGAGAGAAACCGUAUCACUGCUCAGACUGUGGGAAGAGUUUUACUACACAGAGUGAUCUCAAAAAACACCAGCGCAUUCACACAGGAGAGAAACCGUAUCACUGCUCAGACUGUGGGAAGAGUUUUACUCAACAGAGUAAUCUCAAAAUACACCAGCGCAUUCACACAGGAGAUAAACCGUAUCACUGCUCAGACUGUGGGAAGAGUUUUAAUCAACAGAGUACUCUCAAACUGCAUCAGCGCAUUCACACAGGAGAGAAACCGUAUUACUGUUUCGACUGUGGGAAGAGUUUUACUCAACAGAGUCAUCUCAAAAAACACCAGCGCAUUCACACAGGAGAGAAACCGUAUUACUGCUCUGAUUGUGGGAAGAGUUUUACUACACAGAGUCAUCUCAAACUGCACCAGCGCAUUCACACAGGAGAGAAACCGUAUCACUGCUCAGACUGUGGGAAGAGUUUUACUUUACAGAGUGAACUUAUAUUACAUCAGUGCAUUCACAAGACUGCUGAAAGAGGUGAAGCAGAAGCCGUCCUGAAGAAUCUCCAGAACACACAGAAAUUGUUUGCUACGUUUAACAGACAAAUGAAGCCAAGUCCCGACAUGGAGAAACAUCAGCACUCUGUCAAGAGUUUUACUAAACAGAGUGAUCUCAAAAAACACCAGCACAUUCACACAGGAGAGAAACCGUAUCACUGCUCAGACUGUGGGAAAAGUUUUAAUCAACAGAGUCAUCUCAAAAAACACCAGCCCAUUCACACAGGAGAGAAACCGUAUCACUGCUCAGACUGUGGGAAGAGUUUUAAUCAACAGAGUCAUCUCAAAAAACACCAGCACAUUCACACAGGAGAGAAACCGUAUCACUGCUCAGACUGUGGGAAAAGUUUUAAUCAACAGAGUCAUCUCAAAAAACACCAGCCCAUUCACACAGGAGAGAAACCGUAUCACUGCUCAGACUGUGGGAAGAGUUUUAAUCAACAGAGUCAUCUCAAAAAACACCAGCACAUUCACACAGGAGAGAAACCGUAUCACUGUUUAGACUGUGGAAGGAGAUUUACUGCACAGAGUACUCUCAAAAUUCACCAGCGCAUUCACACAGGAGAGAAACCAUAUCACUGCUCAGACUGUGGAAAGAGUUUUAAUCAACAGAGUCAUCUCAAACUGCAUCAGCGCAUUCACACAGGAGAGAAACCGUAUCACUGCUCAGACUGUGGGAAGAGUUUUACUGAACAGAGUGCUCUCAAAAAACACCAGCGCAUUCACACCGGAGAGAAACCAUAUUACUGCUCAGACUGUGGGAAGAGUUUUACUGAACAGAGUAAUCUCAAAAAACACCAGCGCAUUCACACAGGAGAGAAACCGUAUCACUGCUCAGACUGUGGAAAGAGUUUUACUCAACAGAGUAAUCUCCAAAAUCACCAGCGCAUUCACACAGGAGAGAAAACUCCAUCUCAAAUCAGUUUAAAGGCAAUUAAAAGCACCAAUUGUAAGUCUUUCAGACAGAACACCUUAUCCUACACAAAUGUUUCACUUUGUCACUUGGGACACGUUCCACCAGAAACAAACAUGAGCUGAAUUUAACAAUGGAUUUUACAGGUUCAGCAAAAUGAAUCUUACCCAGGGAUGUUUAUUGAAUUCCAUGUUAAGUUUUCUUAUAUGUUCGAUAUUCCAGAACAUUCUUCGUGAGACAGAGCUCAGUUUUAGGGUAGUUACAAUUACUGAAGAAUGGAAAAAAACUUAGUCUUUAAAAUUUAGAUGUGAUUGUUAGAGUAGGAUUCUUAGCUGACAACUAAACGUUUAGGACCAAAUCUUCAGAGCUUAUGAUUUGAAUGCUUUUAAUCUCCUUUCUAGUUUAUGCAGAUUAGAUUAUUUCUAUUCAUUUCUAGUAUCUCUGUUUUCACUCUGUGGAAUCUGUCCUCAGUUCCCCAGGCUUAGCAUAGCGUAGCUUAAUGCUAUUAACUGCUAGGCCCAUCUGUAUGAAAGAAGAAGUGAAAACACCAGCUGAGGAACUCCAGAGAGUGCUCCCAAAAGUGAGACCGGAGGAGAAUCCAGACCCCACAGAGAGGCCAACAAAAUCCUUGUUCUCAUUUGUCUAUGGUUCAGUCAGUCUGAUUAAAAAUCUGUUAUCUGUUAGGGAUAUUUGGUUGUGUUGUUUUACUCAAGUUUCACACUCUUUUUCUUAUUAGAUAUCAUAUGUUGCUUAAGGUUUUUUAGUCUCCAAAGUUACUAAGAAUAUCCAAUUUAUUUAGUUUGAUUGUUUUUAUCCAGUACCAAAUAUUAUCUUUGUAUUGCUUUACCUCUAUAUUUACUCAUAUGUCUGUGUGUUUCAAUAGAAAAGACUUUUAUAUUGAAAUAUCCACUCAAGAAAUGGUUGAUAACCUCUGUGACCUGAUGGAUCUUCAGAACCUCUUAUGUUAUUAUUUUGUAAGUACUAACAGGCAGCCAAAUGAGAAUUCCAAAAAUGUAGUUACCCUCAGCAUACCAAGUUACAGAGCUUUUAGCAGAUGCUCCCAACAGGGUUACAAUGCUAGUAAGUCAGUAAUCUAUAUUUAUAUAGCACUUUUCCAGAGCAACUUGUGUGUUACCGAUUACAAUAAAUAUAUAAAAAUAGAUAAAACUGUCAUGCCUGACUUUGUCAAUCUGCCUGCUCCUGAAGCCUCUCUGCCUAAAGACUCAGUUUCCCAGCAGCCUCAGAACUACAGGUCCUUCUCAAAAAAUUCGCAUAUUGUGAUAAAGUUCAUUCUUUUCCAUAAUGAAAUGAUAAAAAAUAGAAUAUCAUGAAAAGGUUCUCUAAACAAACCUAAUUAUCUGAAUCAACGAAUUACCUCUAAACACCUGCAAAAGAUUCCUGAGGCUUUUAAAAACUCCCAUCCUGGUUCAUUCCUCAAAACCGCAAUCAUGGGUAAGACUGCCGACCUGACUGCUGUCCAGAAGGUCAUCAUUGACACCUCAAGCAGGGUAAGACACAGAAAGACAUUUCUGAACUAAUAGGCUGUUCCCAGAGUGCUGUAUCAAGGCGCCUCAGUGGGAAGGAAAAAGUGUGGCAGAAAACGCUGCACAACGAGAAGAGGUGACCGGACCCUGAGGAAGAUUGUGGAGAAGGGCUGAUUUCAGACCUUGGGGGACUUGCGGAAGCAGUGGACUGAGUCUGGAGUAGAAACAUCUAGAGCCACUGUGCACAGGCGUGUGCAGGAAAUGGGCUACAGGUGUCGCAUUCCCCAGGUCAAGCCACUUUUGAACCAGAAGCAGCGGCAGAAGCGCCUGACCUGGGCUGGAGUCUGGAGGAAGACUGGGGAGAAGGAAAUGCCAAAAUGCCUGAAGUCCAGUGUCAAGUACCCACAGUCAGUGAUGGUCUGGGGUGCCAUGUCAGCUGCUGGUGUUGGUCCAUUGUGUUUUAUCAAGGGCGGGAUCAAUGCGGCUAGCUAUCAGGAGAUUUUGGAGCACUUGCACAUGCUUCCAUCUGCUGAAAAGCUUUAUGGAGAUGAAGAUUUAAUUUUUCAGCAGGACCUGGCACCUGCUCACAGUGCCUAAACCACUGGUAAAUGGUUAACUGACCAUGGUAUUACUGUGCUCAAUUGGCCUGCCAGCUCUCCUGACCUGAACCCAAUAGAGAAUCUGUGGAAUAUUGUGAAGAGAAAGCUGAGAUAUGCAAGACCCAACACGCUGGAUGAGCUUAAGGCCGCUAUCGAAGCAUCCUGGGCCUCCAGAACACCUCAGCAGUGCCACAGGCUGAUUGCCUCCAUGCCACGCCGCACUGAAGCAGUCAAUUCUGCAAAAGGAUUCCCGACCAAGUUUUAAGUGCAUAACUGAACAUAAUUAUUUGAAGGUUGACUCUUUUUGUAUUAAAAACACUUUUCUUUUAUUGGUCGGAUAAAAUAUGCAAUUUUUUUUUAGAUAGGGAUUUUUGUUUUUUCUUUACUUUUUUGCCAAAACCAUCAAUAUUAAAACAAUAAAAGGCUUGAACUA